CAGCUGAAAAUAGUUCAAACAAAAGACGCUUAUUCGCUACUAUGAAGGGCUAAGCUAUUGUGCUAUUAACAUUUGCGACAAGCCAGGGUGUAAUCAGGAAUCGGACAGGGUUAAACUUUGCCAGCCAAGUUCGUUUUAAAGACUCGCGCUGUUUUGUUUUAACAGUCUGUGGACUGCAGGAUCGAGCUGACUCGGUGUGCGAUUAUUUCUGUCUGUGGAGAAGAUGGCUGACACCGUGGAUACUAUUACUGUCCCUGGUUUGAAUAACCUUUUUCAAAUCGAUCCUUACCUUAAACCCUACGAGAAAGACUUCAAAAGAAGGUAUGCUCUCUUCCAGAAAAUGCUUUAUAGUAUUGAUGAGACAGAAGGCGGAUUUGAUAAGUUCACUUUUGCCUAUCAGUCUUUUGGAGUAAAUAGACAACAGGAUGGUGGUCUUUAUUUUAAAGAAUGGGCCCCAGGAGCAGAAGCUGUGUUUCUCACUGGAGAUUUCAAUGGCUGGAAUCAUUUCUCUCAUCCUUACAAGAAGAACGAAUAUGGGAAAUGGGAUCUCUAUAUUCCACCAAAUAAUGAUCAUUCUUCUCCUGUCAACCAUGGCUCAAAACUAAAGGUUGUUAUACGUUGUAGAAAUGGUCAACUAGUAUUCAGAAUAUCGCCAUGGGCAAAAUAUGUGGUACGUGAAGAUAACUCAGUUAUUUAUGAUUGGGUGCACUGGGACCCACCACAUCCUUACAAGUUCAAACAUCCACGCCCAAAAAAGCCACAGAGUUUGAGAGUCUAUGAAGCUCACGUGGGUAUAGCAUCCCCAGAAGGAAGAAUUGCUUCCUACACCAACUUCACACACAAUGUACUCCCUAAAAUUCAUGAUCUUGGAUACAACAGCAUUCAGCUAAUGGCUGUCAUGGAGCAUGCAUAUUAUGCUAGUUUUGGCUAUCAGAUUACUAGUUUCUAUGCUGCAUCAAGCCGGUAUGGAAAUCCUGAGGAACUGAAAGAACUGAUAGACACUGCUCAUUCUAUGGGAAUAGCAGUACUGCUGGAUGUUGUCCAUAGUCAUGCUUCAAAAAACACUGAAGAUGGACUGAACCAGUUUGAUGGAACUGACAGUUGCUUUUUCCAUUCUGGAUCACGAGGGAAUCAUAAUUUGUGGGACAGCAGACUUUUUGACUACUCCAACUGGGAGGUUUUGAGAUUUCUGCUGUCAAACUUGCGUUGGUGGAUGGAGGAGUAUAAAUUUGAUGGUUUCAGGUUCGAUGGAGUAACUUCUAUGCUUUAUCACCAUCAUGGUCUGGGUUUUGGAUUCUCAGGAGACUACUCUGAAUAUUUUGGACUUCAGUCUGAUGAAGAUUCCAUACUUUAUCUCAUGCUUGCUAACAACAUACUUCAUACUUUGUAUCCAGAUUGCAUUACAAUUGCAGAGGAUGUUUCUGGGAUGCCGGCUCUUUGCCGCCCUGUUUCAGAAGGAGGUGUUGGAUUUGACUACCGCUUAGCAAUGGCAGUUCCAGAUAAGUGGAUACAGAUUCUUAAGGAGAAGAAAGAUGAAGACUGGAAUAUGGGUAAUAUCAUUUACACACUGGUGAACAGAAGGCAUGGAGAAAAGUGUAUUGCGUAUGCAGAAAGUCAUGAUCAGGCCCUCGUUGGAGAUAAAACCCUGGCUUUCUGGUUAAUGGAUUCAGAGAUGUAUACAAAUAUGAGCAUCAUGUCUCCUCUAACACCAGUCAUUGAUCGAGGUAUCCAGCUCCACAAAAUGAUCAGAUUCAUUACACAAACAUUGGGUGGAGAAGGUUAUCUAAAUUUUAUUGGAAAUGAAUUUGGCCAUCCAGAAUGGUUAGAUUUUCCCAGAAAAGGAAACAAUGAAAGUUAUCAUUAUGCAAGGAGGCAAUUUCAUCUGGCAGAAAAUGGUCUACUUCGAUACAAAUAUCUUUACACCUUUGACCAAGAUAUGAACAGACAAGAGGAAAAGUAUGGAUGGUUAUCAGCUCCACAAGCAUAUGUGAGCACACAGCAUGAGGGAGAUAAGAUCAUUGCCUUUGAAAGAGGGAACAUUCUCUUCAUUUUUAACUUCCAUCCAUCAAAGAGCUACACUGAUUACCAAGUGGGAGUUGAAGUUCCAGGGAAAUAUAAAAUUAUACUGGAUACAGAUGAAGAAAAAUACGGAGGGCACCAAAGACUUGACCACAAUACAGAGUUCUUUUCUGAACCGAAACCUUUCAAUAAUCGGCAGAACUCCUUAAAGGUUUACAUUCCAUGCAGAACUGCUGUGGCCUUUGUGAAUAUGGAUCAUUUUAAUUGAUGAGUGGAUCACAGGAACUUCACUAAAGAAAAGCAUUGUGUUUAAUUUUAAAUAUUAUGUAAAUUCUGAUGGAAGUUCAGUCUAAAUUCAUGAAUAUCCUCUUUUCUUAGUUGUGUAUUCCAUGAGUCAUUUCCUCACUAAGUAAAAGGAUUAUUUCUAUUUGCAUUUUUUUCUGGCGAGUGAAUUUUUUAAGAUGCUUGCAGCUGAAAUGGUUAAUAUGAAAGAAUAAAAAUACAGUAUAAAUUAAAUAUGUUAUAGAAAGAAGUCCAAUAAAUCACCUUUAGCUCAUUUUCUAUAUAAUUUCAGUAAGGCAAGAGAAGAAAAAAAUAGCAUUGACAAUAUCCAAAUUAUGCAUUGAAAGGGACGAUUGUUUGUUCUUGUUUAAUUUUGUAUGUAAUCACUUAUUAUAGAAUUACUGAUCAACAUGAAAACACACACAUAGAAUAACUAUUAAGGUACCUUGGGUGAUCUGUUGUGGAAAAUAAAUUACACUGUACUUACUUAAAAGGUCAUUGUUGGUAGUAUAAGUAGGCUACUAAUUAUGUACAUUUCAUUAUAUUUACUUGCACUGAUUGUUUUAUGGUUAAAAUUAAAAAAAAAAUCUCUACACUAGUUGUCAAAUUAAAUAAUUGUAAAGGACAUAUAAAUAUACUGCAGGUACUGCAUAUAGUACUUUGACAAUUUUAAUCAUAAAUGAUGCAUUUCAUUGAAGUGAUUUGGACACAUUUACUACAUGAUUGAUUCAAAUAUUUCUACUUUGUUUUACAUGCAAAAUACUGUUUUUCAAAAGAAUUAACAGUAUUCACCCUGCAUUUACUUGCAUGCUUGUGUUUUGUUCUUGUUUUAAUUUAAAUCUCCUUAUCCUUUUCAACAAGACAUUUGGAGAAAUGCUGUUUACUUUUAUGUGCAAAUAAAUAGCAAGCAUUAAAAAUGUAAA